GAGAAAGAGGGAGGGAGGGCCACGGAAGGCCGCGGUUGAUUUUCACAAACCACGUCACGCGCUGCACGUGAACCGCACCAAGUCCCAAAACCCACUCUGUAACAUGUAUUUUCACCAAAGAUUCAAGGGCAUUUUCGUCACAGUUCAGAACCACUAGCCAUAAUCGCCGAGGAAUCCAAACCGCUUCGUCACUAAUCGCCGAGGAAUUAGAGCUCGACCCCAAAUUCCGAGGAAUUCACGCAUUCGUGCGAUAAAUCGCCUAGGAAUUCGAUCGCUAUCUCCUAAUCGCCGAUGGAUUCAUAGAACUUGCCCUGCUACAGGCCAGGAAUCAGACAUCCUCGUCUUGAUCGCCGACGUAUUGGGGCAAAAUCGCCGAGGAAUUGGAUAUAAUCUCCGAGUAAUUGGAACAGCUGCAAAACUGUAUAUAUGCAUUUCAUAACCUUGUUUUGGACAUUGCUUCGGUUAUGGUCCAAACCAGAAGAGUGAGAGAGAUGAACCCUUAGCCCUAAAAAUUCGCGCAAAUUACCAUUUUAACCCUGACCAUGGAUACUCCACCUGAGGAGCUUCUGAAGAAGAUUCAGGAGCUUGAAGCUGGCCAUGCCCUCCUCAAAAAGGAGGUCUCGAGGUUAAUGGUGGACUCUAAAGAGAGAGGAGGGGACCAUAGUAAGAGGUCUCACUCUGUGUCUCCUCAGAGAAGGUUUGUUGGGACCAUGAGGAGCUCUGACUCUCCUUCUCCUUCGCCUUUUCACCAUUCGUCGCCUUUGCAGAGAGAGAGCAGACGUGGAGGGGCUUUGAGGAGUGGGGGAGGGAGGGGCGCGAGAAUGAAUUUCACUGAUCGGCAGUACCUUAACAUUUUGCAGUCGAUGGGGCAGUCGGUUCAUAUAUUUGAUCUCUCGGGGUCGAUAAUUUACUGGAAUCGGUCUGCAGAACUUCUAUAUGGCUAUUCAGCAACAGAAGCCCUUGGUCAAGAUGCCCUUGAACUCCUCAUUGAUGCUCGUGACUUUGAUGUUGUGAGUAAUAUAAUAAAGCGAAUAACCAUGGGGGAAAACUGGACUGGGCAGUUCCCUGUAAAAAAUAAAUUGGGGGAGCGGUUUUCUGCUAUAUUCACAAAUACCCCAUUUUAUGACGAUGAUGGUACAUUGGUUGGUAUUAUUUGUGUUUCAAGCGAUGUGAGACGCUUUCAGGAAGCUGGAAUCGAUUUCAACAAUACAAAGUCUGUUGGGUCUGAAUCAAGUUAUGUUCAGUCAAGAAGCAUGCCCCCGAAUAGGAGCGGCACAGAUGACCAACAUCCCCUACAAGCUGCCAUUGCUUCCAAAAUAUCCAAUUUGGCAUCGAAGGUGACUAGCAAGGUGCGCUCCCACAUACGCAUCAGUGAGAACACCACAGAACGUGAAGGUGGUAGUGGGGAUAGCCAAUUCUCUGAUCAUGCAUGCUCUGAUGUUGGCUUUCCUUUUGACCAUAAUAGAGAGGAUGCAACUUCUAGUGGAGCCAGCACGCCAAGAAGUGAUGCCCCACCACCUCAAAUGGGUAACUCACCCACAACUCCAUCAGAAAGAUCUCCAAGAAAAGUUUGUAAAGAUACACCAGAGGGCACUGAAGGGAAAAUUGGGAUUCACAAAAUCAUAAGCUCAAAAGCAGAGGCAUGGAUUGGGAAAAAAGGGAUAACGUGGCCAUGGAGGGGAGGUGAUGGGGGUGAUGGGGAUGAAAAUAAAGCUCGUUUUGCUUGGCCAUGGUUGAAUAAUGAGAGGGAAAAUAACCAAAGUUCUGAGAAGGCAUCUGAGGCUGGUGUGAGACCAGAAAACCAAGCUUUUGAUAAUAAUCAUGGGGGGAACAAUGAGGCUCCUGGAUCCUGGUCAUCUUUUAAUGUCAAUAGUAUGAGUAGCAUAAGCAGUAGUGGAAGUACUAGUAGUAGUGCCAUCCAAAAAGUGGACAUGGAAACUGAUAGUCUAGAUUGUGAAAUACCAUGGGAGGACCUGACUAUAGGAGAACAAAUCGGUCAAGGUUCUUGUGGGACUGUCUAUCAUGGCCUAUGGUACGGAUCGGAUGUGGCAAUCAAGGUGUUUGCCAAGCAAGAAUAUUCUGAAGAUGUUAUUGCUUCCUUCAGACAAGAGGUAUCUCUUAUGAAGAGGCUGCGGCAUCCUAAUGUACUUCUUUUUAUGGGAGCAGUUACUUCUCCUCAACGUCUUUGCAUUGUUACAGAGUUCCUUCCACGUGGUAGUUUAUUUCGGUUGCUCCAAAGAAGCACACCCAGAUUCGAUUGGAGAAGACGCAUUCACAUGGCAAUGGAUAUUAUUCGUGGCAUGAAUUAUCUUCAUCACCGUAACCCUCCGAUUGUUCACCGUGAUCUGAAAUCAUCAAAUCUUCUUGUUGACAAGAACUGGACCGUAAAGGUUGGAGAUUUUGGCCUUUCCAGACUCAAACCUGAUACAUAUCUGUCUACAAAAACAGGAAAAGGAACGCCACAAUGGAUGGCUCCCGAAGUUCUUCGUAAUGAACUCUCUGAUGAGAAGUCGGAUGUUUACAGCUUUGGAGUUAUAUUAUGGGAGCUAGUGACUGAGAAGAUCCCGUGGGAGAAUCUCAAUUCGAUGCAGGUUAUCGGCGCUGUGGGAUUCAUGAACCAGCGACUAGAGAUCCCAAAAGACACAGACCCUCAAUGGGCAUCGAUAAUCGAGAGUUGCUGGCAUACUGAUCCCCAAUGCCGACCAACAUUCCAUGAACUUCUUGAUAGAUUCAAAGACUUGCAAAGGCGCUCUACAGCACAGGCACAUCAGCCAUUACGUGCUGCCCCUGCCGAUGGUAUUCAAAGAGGAUUACAGGAGUAAAAAGCGUGAAAAAUAGAAAGAGAAACUAUUACAUGCCAUGCUGCCUUGGUAUCUGAAGCUAUUUAAUUUUUACCACGUUCAAAGGUUGCAGAUUUAUAUGAUUAUACAGAAACUGCUGUGUUUGGGUGAAGCUCUGCCAUGUGUUAUUCCAAGUUGAUAUGCUCCCAUUGGUUCACAUGAGCCCAUUUCUUUUCUUUUUUGAACUUUAGGACCAUUUUUUAGCUUUCCCAAUCCUUGUGUAUAAUGGUAUCCGGUAACAUUUUGUGACUCAUGUGCUAUGUUUUCAUACGUACUUCCUGUGUAUUAUAAUGCAAAAAUGUUCUUUUUCUUGUUUU